CUAUCAAUCUGACCCGAUCCGAUUCGGUUCGCAGGUUGCAUCUCGAGAUGUCGAAAGCCUCCUCCGUGGUUCAGACCCAAAUGGUGGGAGGGACAGACACUGCCGAUUUUUCUCGCACUUUCAAGUACUUACUUGCUACACAGUUCUUGUCAAGGGGAAUUCCAUUUGUAUUCAAUUCAUGGAUCGUGAGGCAUCUUACAGAAGAGGACUACGCGCUUUAUGCAGUACAAUUCCAUCUAUUCACCACAUGUAUCUUGUUUCUCAGUCGGGAGGGAUUCCGGCGAGCAUGCAUGCGAGUAGACAUAAAAUGUGAUGGCUCUUCAGUGGAAGAAAACACGACGAAGCUGAUGAAAGUUUCUUGGGCGACUCUCCCCCUUGGAGUAGUUAUAACAGUAGUAGCAUGUUUUUUGGUCUUUUGGUGGCAAGAAAUAAGUUAUUCUAAUCCAUAUGCACAGGCUAUUUUGAUUAAUGGUUGUGCUUGUAUAUUGGAGCUAUUAGCAGAGCCGUUGUAUAUCCUUUCUCAGAACUUGCUUCUGCUUAAGUUGCGGUUGAUGGUUGAAACUGCAGCUACACUUUCACGUUGCUUAACAAUGUAUAUCCUCAUUGUCAAUCAAACUGGCGUGGAGAAAGAGAUCGUAUUUGCAUUGUCACAAGCCGCAUAUGGAGCUUGCUUGUUCCUGGGCUAUUGGGGCUAUUUUCUUCUUUUUCAUGCAUUCAGUAGUUCUGCUCUUUUCCCUUUUAGAUCUGGAAAUUUGAAGGAUUAUGACAGGCAGCUGUCAAACAUGUGUUUUUUGUUUACCCUUCAAUCCUUUCGGAAGUUGAUCCUUCAAGAAGGAGAAAAGAUGGUCCUUGUGUGGUUGGAUACACCAUACAACCAAGCUGUAUAUGGACUUGUAGACAAACUAGGAAGCUUAGUAGUAAGGAUGGUCUUUCUUCCUUUUGAAGAAAGCUCAUAUGCUACCUUUGCGAAGUCCGCGUCAGGAAAAUAUCCAGAUGGAAGCAGGAAAUUGGGAAAUGGCCUCUCAGACGCCCUGAAGUUAGUUAUAUUAAUUGGACUUGUAUUUAUGGCAUUUGGCCCAAGUUACUCUUAUUCUCUCAUCAGAUUGUUGUACGGUCGGAAGUGGAGUGAUGGAGAAGCAUCAACAGCCCUCCGGUAUUAUUGCCUUUAUAUCAUUGUCUUGGCUAUGAAUGGAACUUCUGAAGCAUUUCUACAUGCAGUUGCAACCGAAAAUGAACUCAAACGUUCAAAUGAUUCGCUGCUUGUAUUCUCAUUUAUUUAUAUAGUACUGAAUGUUCUGCUGAUACGCUCGGCUGGUGCAAUUGGCUUAAUUUUGGCAAAUUCUUUAAAUAUGAUUUUGAGGAUUAUAUACUCUACAGUAUUCGUAAAGCAGUAUUUCCAGGAUUCUUCUUCAUUUUCAUUUUCCAGCUGCUUGCCUUCAGGAUGGACAGUUCUGUUGUUUUCAGGUGUAGUUACACUCAUUUCUGAGAAGAUAUUUCUGGAUCGUGAAAAUUUCUGGACAACAUUUUUGGUUCACUUUUUCAUUGGGUUUGCUUGCUUCUGUAUGUCAUCUUUUGUCAUCUAUCGCCGUGAGAAGCGUUUCAUCAACAAAAUUAUCCGUUUUCGUGAUCACUUGGACUGAAGAAUUGGCAUUUGCCUAACAAACAUGGAGUGAUUUACACAAGAAGAGGAUGAAGGAGUUAAAUUCAAUUUGCAGAACCAUUUUUGUUAAUGAACACUUCCGGUUGAGUUUACAACAAGAAGCAAACUACGCAUAACAGAUACCAGCAAGAGGGCAGCUUUUUUUCUUUUCGUGAGGCGGGCAAGUUUUGGAGGCAUGAUACGCAACAGGCCACUGACAAAUUGACGUUAUAUAUGUGUGUGUGUAUAUAUAUAUAUAUAUAUAUAUAUAUCCUAUGAACCGGAAGUCGGACCGAUAAGGGUUACUGUUGAUCAGGUGGUUGAUCAUGAUGCGACCAACAUUCUGUAUUUUGAUGGUGAGCUCAAAAAAAAAAAAAAAAAAAACUCAUUUAUAUGUCUGUAUCACUUGCUUCUCAUAUCAUCGCAACUAUGUUUACUUAAUCUGUUUUUAUGAUGUAUUUGCUUUUAAAAAUAUACACAAUGAAUG